AUGACUGCUAUACUCACUAUAGAAGAAAUCAAAGCAAUGUUGUUUGCCAUUCCAUCCAUGAAGGCUCCAGGAUUGGAUGAAAUAUUAGCCCUCUUCUACACGAUGUAUUGGCAUGUUGUAGGGGAGGAUUUAGCUCUUCCGGUGUCCAUCAUUUUAGACCUAUUAGUCUUUGUAACAUCACAUACAAGUCCUCAGGCUCUGGAACCUACUUCAUCUGGCGGCCGAUCAGGUCCACCUAGCAAUCUUUAUGUUCUGCAAUGUUUCUCAGAGUCAUCAUCUGAUUCUACAGCUUUAGAAACACUUUGUGUGUCGAAGAAAAUAGAACUUAAGCGUAUCAGAAUGCCAAAAGAUAGAAGAAUCAGAUCUUUUGAUGCAUCUAGGGGAUCUCCUUAUCCUUGCAGCUCCAGGAAUGGCGAUCUGUGCAAAUCCAAAACUCCUUCGUUACCAGUUGGGAAUGAGAAAGAAUGGGAAGAAGCUAGAUGUCCCAUCUGUAUUGAGCAUCCUCACAAUGCUGUUCUCUUACUGUGUUCCUCUAGUGACAAAGGUUGCCGCCCUUACAUGUGUGACACAAGCCACCGCCACUCAAACUGUCUUGAUCAGUUUUGCCUGUCAUCUGGAGCAACAAAAUCAACAGAAGAAGCUCCUUCACGCCCAACUUCUCAGAGAGAAAGUGAGGAGUGGAUGUCAUCAUGUCAAAGUAGGUAUCAUUGGAAACGGCUACCCAAGCUUGUGUGCCCCCUCUGCCGGGGACAGAUCAGUGCAUGUGUUGUUGUUGAGGCUGCUCGCCAGUUCAUGAAUUCGAAACCAAGGAUUUGUUCACUUGCGACGUGUGAUUUCAGUGGGAGGAGUUAUUCAGAACUAAGGAAGCAUGCUAGGCUCGAACAUCCUUCUGUCUGCCCAUCGGAGGCAGACCCAAGGCGUCAGCGUGAUUGGACGACAUUGGAGCAUCAAAGGCUUUCCGAGGACUUCCUUAGUGCAUAUCAGCAGGAAAUUGGGGUUGAAUGGAGUGAAGGGAGCUUGUUUUCCGAUAGUGACUGGAUGGUGAUGGGGCACCGAAGUGGCCUAUGGGACAUCCUAGGAAGCAUAUAUGAGUAUGUUGAUCAGCUUGUGGGCAUAAUAGAAUUUGAGCUCUCUUUUCCAUAUGAUUCUUGGUUUGAGACAAGUGAGUUGGGUAGUUCAAGAAGUGAUGGUCGAUCUGGUAACAGCAGAUCAACAACGUCAAGGACAACCAGUCAUACAGAGACUGUCCCUGCUGCUAGAUGGGGAAGCAAUUUUUCAUUGGGGAGUUCACCAGGUUUGCAGCACCCCCGCCGAUUGGGCUGGAGACAGUCGAGACGCAAUAACUAAUCCUGACUCUAGUGGAUUGCUUAUUAGGUUGCACUCCUAGGGUGAACAGGUUACAAUGCUGAGAUUCCAGUCAGUGGGAGCGCUUUCUUCUUUGGGUUAUAUUCCAGUGUCGAUGUCAAUCUAUAUGCACUGCAUUUGCUGCCAGUCUCUCUCUGGAUUUCAAGUCCAACCAGCUUGAAUUUGGAGAUUGGAAGGCUUUUUGAUCUGUACUCGUUUUCUUAGACAAUGGACGACAACCAUUUGCUCCAUAAGGCUAUGAAAUUGUAUAUUUUUUUUUUAUGUUUUAUUUUAUUAAGA